AUUGCAAAUAAGUGACAUAUAUAUUGAUAUCUGAUAUUUGAUAUACACACUAAUAUUGUGACAAUGGAACUAAAGGUCAUGAUGCUAAUUGUUGCACUAGUCCCUCUAGGAGUAGUAGCUGCAAAUCGUGACCAUAAUCAAGCUCUUGAUGGGUGCCGAAGAGAGUGUGGAGGUGUUCAAAUUCCAUAUCCAUUUGGAAUAGGAAAAUCAAAAACAACCGGCGAGAAUUGUUCCAUGGACGAACCAUUCGAACUCACUUGCGAAGAACAAGAUUCCAUUUUGAAAUCCGGAGAUUUCCAAGUCACAUCCAUAAACAUCACCAAAGGCCAAGUUGAAAUGAUGGCACCAGUUUCCAAAUCUUGCAGAGACACAAGCAGUGACGAAACAACGUACCUCGUCACUUUUCCAUCUUUCACGGUUUCUAGAAACGACAACAAGUUCGUUAGUGUCGGUUGCGACACUUUCGGCUACCUUAAUAGCUCCUAUGAUGGUGGGAGAACAUAUUCAACUGGGUGUUUAUCAAGAUGCUAUGGCAAUAUGUUUGAUAUCGUUGAUGAAAGUUGUUCCGGAUUCGGGUGUUGUCAGAUGGAUAUUCCUCCUAACAUGGUGAAUAUCUCUAUCCAAGCAGCAAGCUUUGAUAAUUUCGAAGAAUCUUUGAGUUUCAACGAUUGCAGCUAUUCUUUCGUUGUCAAAAAUGGAAACUAUACGUUUUAUAAGAAGGAUUUGAAGAAGCUGCGUUUUGAUGAUGUCGCUGUGAUCUAUGAUUGGAGUAUUGGAAAUGAAACAUGCGAGGCUUCUAAAAACAGAGGUACCAAUGCUUGCAAAGGAAAUAGCAAGUGUGUGAGAUUUAAUGCCAAUGGUUACCAAUGUCGAUGCAAGUUUGGUUUUGAAGGAAACCCAUACCAUCCUGAUGGUUGCUCAGACAUUGAUGAAUGUAAGAUAGGAAGACAUGAUUGCAUAAGUGAUGAUAACUGCCAUAAUAUGAAUGGAACAUACCGAUGUUUUUGUCCUAAGGGACAACAUGGAAAUGGAACAAAGGAAGGAAGGUGUCAAGAGAAUAAUGCACUUCCCAAGUUUGUCAUUGGUGGAGGUGCAGGAUUCAUUGCUCUUUUUGCGGUGAUUUUCUUUCUAUACUGGAUGUAUCAAAAAAGAAAACUCAGCAAACUAAAAGAGAAAUUUUUCAAACAAAAUGGUGGUUAUAUUCUGCUACAACAGAUUUCUACAAGAGGAGAAUCCUCUCAAACAGUUCAACUCUUUACAGAAGAUGAACUGAAGAAGGCCACAAAGAACUAUGAUGAUAAGCUAAUCAUCGGCAGAGGAGGAUAUGGCACAGUUUUCAAAGGAGUUCUAACGAAUAACAGAAUUGUCGCAAUAAAAAAAUCUAAAAUAGUUGAUGAAAGCCAAAUUGAACAAUUCAUUAACGAGGUGGUUGUUCUGUCUCGAAUCAAUCAUCGUAACGUAGUGAAACUUUUAGGUUGUUGUUUAGAGACAGAGGUUCCUUUACUAGUUUACGAAUUCAUUAACAAUGGUACACUUUUCAAUUUCAUGCACAAGGGUAGAAAUGCAAAUAAUUUGGUUUGGGAGACCCGUUUGAGAAUAGCAACAGAAGCAGCAGGAGCUUUAUCAUAUUUGCACUCAGCAGCCUCAAUUCCAAUUAUCCAUAGAGAUAUCAAAAGUGCCAAUAUUCUAUUAGAUAGCACUUACACUGCUAAAGUAUCUGAUUUUGGAGCUUCAAGAUUUGUUCCACAAGAUCAAAUUGCAUUAGCCACCAUGGUGCAAGGAACUAUUGGAUAUUUGGACCCUGAGUACAUGCAAACAAGCCAAUUGACUGAGAAAAGUGAUGUUUAUAGUUUUGGAGUGGUGCUUGCAGAGCUUCUAACAGGCUCCGACGCAAUUCAGGAUGGAAUUCUGAAUGAGAAAAAUGAGCAAGAGAUCAAGGAGGUUGCUAUUCUUGCUGCAAAAUGUUUAAGCCUUAAAGGGGAAGAUAGACCAAGCAUGAAGGAAGUGGCAAUGGAAUUGGAAGGAAUUAGGGUAUUGCAAAAGCACCCUUGGAGCAAUAAUAAUGGAGACAACAAUCUAGCAGAAACUCAAUGCUUGGUUCUUGAUGAGUCUUCAUCAAGAAUACACAUGCAUAGUGAACGUUGUAGCCAUCAAAAUUAUAGGUAUGAUAGUAUCAAUGAUCAACUGUCAAGUUCCUUAGAUGGAAGAUGAUUAACAUAGGGAAGCAUAUAGAGUUUUGUAAUAGUAAUUUUUAGAGUUUAAAUUUAACGUAAUGACUCGGUAAAAUUUUUUAAUAAUCAUCUAAUCACAUUUAUCUUUUAAAUAAUUAUCUAC